ACAAAUAACCUAGAAAUCAUCACAAAAGCCCAGAAAGACCCAGUGUUCAAUUCACAGAAGCGCGAAAAAUGACAGAAAAUCCUAGCUUUACAGAAAGAGAAAAGAAAUGUUGCAGAGUUCGCAACCCUGGGUUGAAAAAUGUUGACCUAAGCAAUUGAAGGAUGUGGCGCACUACCAAUACCCUCUCUUACUAAUUGCAGGGAUAUUUAGAAAUGUGUUUUCUUAUCAACUUUACUAAUUGUAGGGAUGUUUUUUGAUGAUUAAUUAUCUUGUGACGCUGUUGAAAUUUAUCCUCACCGAGACAGGUCCAUUGGCUCUCUUUCAAAAUGGUUUUGAGGAAGAAAGUGCCAACAAUUCUCAGGCCGACACCAUUGCUGUCCAAUCCACUGCCAAAUCCACAAUUAACUCCACUUCCUUCUGUCACUCUAACCCCCACUUCUCAGCACAACCACUUUUUUAACUUCAUCAAAACCUAUUUUUUAACCCCUCAUAACAACCACAUAACUCCUGCCUCGCUCCUUCACUUUCUCAAAUCCAAGCUGCACCACCACCCUCGCUUCACCCAUUAUGACUUUCACAUCUUCACUUGGGCCUCCACUCUUGAUUCCUUCCGCCAUGAUCAUGCCACCUUUUUUUUCAUGGUCUGCUCCCUUGCCUCUUCUUAUCGAUUCUCUGAACUUCAAUCCCUUCUUGCUUUUAUCUCCACAAAUCCCUGCCCUUGUUCUGAUGAUGGUAUUUUCUCUUGUCCUCAAAUUGAAUCUAUAUUUCUUGUUGCUAUUAAUGCGUUUUGUAAAGCUAAGAGAUUGGAUGAUGGGAUUAUGGCAUUCGAAUCUAUGAGGAAGUUGAUUGAUGGGAGACCUAGUGUGAGUACUUAUAAUGCCUUGAUAAAUGGCUUUGUAAAAUGUGGGGAGUAUAAUAUAGCUCUGGAGUUUUAUGACAGGAUGUUGAAAAAUAAGGUUAAGCCUGACGUGGUUACAUUUAAUAUUUUGAUUAGCAGUUAUUGUAAGAAUAAGAAAUUUGAUUUGGCUUUGUUGUUGUUUAGGGAGAUGAAAGAAAAAGGAUGUAAUCCCAAUGUUGUUAGUUUCAAUACUUUGAUUAAAGGGUUUUUUAGGGAAAGGAAAUUUGAGGAUGGUAUUAAGAUGGCAUAUGAGAUGAUUGAACUAGGGUGUGUGUUUUCAAGUGUGACUUGUGAAAUUUUAGUUGAUGGAUUGUGUAGGGAAGGGAGAAUUUCAAGGGCAUGUGAAUUGGUGAUUGAUUUAUUGACGAGAAGGGUUUUCCCCAAGGAUUUUGAUUAUUUUGGUUUUGUGGAGAAGCUUUGUGAGGAAGGAAAUGCAACUAGAGCCUUAGAAAUUGUGGAUAAGUUGUGGAAUAAUGGAAAUUUGCCAAGCGAAAUUGCUUGUACUACCUUAAUCGAAGGUUUGAGAAGGUUGAGGAAAACAGAACAGGCAUUUGGAGUAAUGGAAAAGAUGCUUAAAGAGGGUAUUGUUCCAGAUAGUGUGACUUUUAAUUGUCUUCUUAAAGAUCUUUGUAAUGUGGGAAGAACAAUGGAUGCUAAUAGAUUAAGAUUAUUGGCCUAUCAAAAGGGUUUGGAUGCAGAUGAGAUUACAUAUCAUACUCUAAUAUAUGGGUAUGCAAGAGAGAAUAGAAGGAAGGAGGGGGAAAAGCUAGUGGUUGAGAUGUUAGAUGAAGGAUUUAUACCAGAUCUUGCUACCUAUAAUAGGUAUAUGGAUGGGCUUUCCAAUGUCAGGAACUCUGUGAGGCCAGAGUGCUAGUGUUAUUGAUAGGCUAGACAUCACCAUAUUCAGUUUGAACUGCGGUUCUGGAGAGCAAAUAUUGGUCUUCUAUCUGUUCCUCAUAACUACUUGUGCUCUUCCUCUAGUCACAAGCAGCAUGCUUCCUUAAACCCAAACACGAUUCCCAUUUUAGUUCCUAUGCAUCAUAGGAAGGAUUGGUUUCUUCUUCAAGGAUUGAUAGCUCCAUUCUGCUUCAGACUCGGCCUUGCAUGCUCGUCACAAAUAUUUUCAAGCACAGAUUCAUCACACCAUUCUCCAGUAUGUAAGCUUCCUCUAAAUGUAUAUGUAGCUUGUACCAUCUUCGGGUUCAUUUAUUUGUAUGUUUUCCUCUGAAAAGACUACUUCAUGUCUAAGCAUCUCAUGUUUUGUUCGAUUCCAUCCUUGCGGUGAUAUACACAAUGUUUUCAAUAACUACAUAAACAUGUCUUAUAAACAUUUUAUUUACAACGAUUAGUUUUCUUGGAAACGACAGCCAUGCAUGUAUUUGUACA